AUGGCCAGCAUCACCCAGCUGUUCGAUGACCUCUGUGAGGCUCUCUUACCUGCUGCCCAGGCUCGCCCCGGCCAGCGCAGCGUGAACAGGAAAAAGGCAAAGCUGAGUCUUAAAAGGGUAGCCUACAAUGCUCUUUUCGCAAAUCUUUUUCAAGAGGACACCCAUCAGCGGCAGCCUGACUCGAAGCUCCCUGUGAAAAACAAGGUCCUCAUGCUGUCCUUCGAUUUGAGGGUCGGGGGCUUGGGGCCAGAGGCUGACCGUUUGGAGGAGCUUGUAGAGAAACUUGAAACAGCCCCUGACUGUCCUUUUGUGGAAGUGGGAUCAGUGUUGGACCUCUUAGUUCAGCUGGCAGGAAGUGGCCCCCCUCAAGUGCUGCGCAGGAAACGGGAUUACUUCUUUAAUAACAAGCACGCAGGCCGGAACAUACCAUACAGCGGCUACGAUUGCUAUGACUUGAGUGUGUUUGAAAUGGACGUUCGGUCACUCAUCUCUGGGGAGGAGAAUUUGUGUCAUAACAUGGUCCAGGAAGCCCUUCAGGUGAUGGAGGCUGCCCCAGGCACUGGCCUGACCACCGUUGGGCUCUUCUCAACUGGUGACUCUUGUGGUGACAGGUUUGAGAGAGACACUAGGGUCUCUCUCUUCGGUGCACUUGUGCAUAGCCGCACAUAUGACAUGGAUGUGCGACUGGACCUGCCCCCUGUGCCAGACAGCGCCGACUUCUCUGGACUGGCCAUCAAGGUCCCACAGAUUGUGGAUCAGUGGGAAGAUGAAGGUUUCCAAUCAGCUUCCAACUUAACUCCCGACUCCCAGUCUGAACCAAGCAUGACCCCGGAUUUGGACCUCUGGGAAGCUGUGCUCACUUAUGAAGCCAGCAAGCGGAGGUGCUGGGAGCGUAUUGGAUGUCCCCCUGGUCACCGAGAGGAGCCCUACCUCACUGAGGCAGGAAGGGAUGCCUUUGACAGGUUCUGCAGGCUCUGUCAUGGAGAACUACAGGCCCUCAGUGGGGGCCUCCUCCAGACCCCAAGGCCUGUGCUGGUGGAGGAAAGCGAGCUGGUGAAAGACUCACUGAACGUUCUGCUGGGUGUUGUCUCUGCUACAUUUUCCCUCUGUCAGCCGACUCAAGCUUUUGUAGUGGAGCCGGGCGUGCACGUGUCAGGUGCAUCUCCUGAAAGCAUCAGCAGCAUCCUUUCAGAGGUGGCGGAGUAUGGGACCUGUUAUACACGCCUGAGCCACUUCUCUCUGCAGCCUGUGGUAGGCUCCUUGUGCAGCAGGGGCCUCGUGUUCCAGGCCUUCACCAGCGGCCUCAGGAGGUACUUGCAGUAUUACCGCGCCUGUGUUCUCUCCACUCCACCUACCCUAAGUCUCCUCACCAUUGGCUUUCUCUUCAAGAAGCUAGGCCGGCAGCUCAGGUACUUGGCUGAGCUUUGUGGUGUUGGCACUGUAUCCCUGGCGACCAGUGGAGAACCCAGGGCUGUGUUCCCCACUGGGGUGAAGCUUCUGUCCUACCUCUACCAGGAAGCACUAGAUAACUGCAGUAAUGAACACUAUCCUGUGUUGCUGUCCCUGUUGAAAACCAGCUGUGAGCCCUACACACGGUUCAUCCAUGAUUGGGUGUACAGUGGUGUCUUCAGAGAUGUUUAUGGGGAGUUCAUGAUCCAAGUUAACCACGAGUACCUUAGCUUCAGAGACAAGUUUUACUGGACCCAUGGCUACGUGCUCAUUUCCAAAGAGGUAGAGGACUGUGUUCCUGUGUUCUUGAAACACAUUGCUCACGAUGUGUAUGUCUGUGGAAAGACCAUCAACCUACUGAAGCUCUGCUGUCCCCGGCAUUACCUUUGUUGGUCUGAUGUCCCUGUGCCUCGGAUCUCCGUGAUCUUCUCUCUCGAGGAAUUGAAGGAGAUUGAGAAGGACUGUGCCGUCUAUGUUGGGCGGAUGGAGAGAGUUGCACGUUAUAGUUCUAUCAGCAAGGAGGAAAAGGAACUACGUAUGGAAAUUGCAAAACAAGAACUAAUUGUCCAUGCCCGGGAAGCAGCAUCCAGGGUCCUGAGUGAGCUGAGUGACCGGCAGAUGUCAGAACAGAUUGCUCUGGACACCCGGAAGCGAGAGCAGUUUCAGCGACUGAAGGAACAGUUUGUGAAGGAUCAGGAGAGACGCCUGGCAGCCAGACAAGAAGAGCUCGGUGAUGACUUCAGUUAUGCCCAUGAACUCCGUGCCCGGGAGAAGAGGCUAAAGGCCCUGGAGGAAGAACUGGAGAGGAAGGCCAGGCAGGCGCUGGUUGAUCACUAUAGCAAGUUGUCUGCAGAGGCAGCUCGUCGAGAGCAGAAGGCUCUGUGGAGAAUCCGGAGGCAUCGGCUGGAAAGUGCACGACUUCGUUUUCUCCUGGAAGACCAGAAGUGUAUUCAGGAGAUGCUGAGAGACAUGGAGGCUCACCAGCCCCAGGAGCCACUGAGUGUUCUCCCAAGCACAUGCUCUCAGGUCACGUCUCUCGGUCCCGAGCAUGAAGGUGAAGGCCAUAGCUGUGAUCUGGAGUCCACAGAACUGCGCUGCGAUUGUUCAAACCAACCAUGUGCAUCAACACCAUCGGUCCUCAAGUCUGGGGCUGGACAGGCAGAGGAAGCUGGGCCAUUCUCAACUGGUCUCAGCAUCACAGACUUUCUGCCCAUGGGCUCUGGAGAUGAACAGCCUGUGGGUGACACUGGAGCUCCCUUCUUAGAGGUGGCUCUGCAGAGCAUCUGCUCAGACCUAUCCCCUAUAACCCCUGGACCGGCACUCACAGCAGGUGGCCUGCAGCCUACCCAGUCAGAGUAUGAUUUCAAUACCAUACUGAGGCCAGCUAUGGCUACCCCCCCUUUACCGGGACCCUUCCGGGAUGUUCAGAAUAGUGUAGACAGUGAAAAACAGCAUCUACUGCGGGAUAUGCCCACAAAACCAGAUUCAUGUAUCCAUGACAUGCAAGAGACUUUGCCUUGCCUACAUCCACUCAGUCAUGUCACUCCUGCGGAGGGCAGCCUCCAGCCUGUGGGCCAGCUCCUUGAACACAUGUCAGAGACUACUGUCGCUACAGAGAGCCAUGCUUCUGGAAUGGCUCCUUGCCAGCAACUUAGCAUUUCCAGACACGUGUCAGAUGCCAACAUCAAGGUGGGAGAUUAUAUGUCAGACGUGGCUCUUCCUCGGCCACGGUGGAAUAUCCAUGGACAUGUGUCAGAGGCCAACAUUGGAGUUGGGGAGAAUGUGUCGGACGUGGCUCCUUCUCGGCCACGGUGGAAUGUCCACGGACAUGUGUCAGAUGCCAGCAUCAAGGUUGGGGAGAAUGUGUCAGACGUGGCUCCUUCUCGGCCACGGUGGAAUGUCCACGGACAUGUGUCCGAUGCCAGCAUCAAGGUUGGGGAGAAUGUGUCAGAAGUGGCUCCUUCUCGGCCACGGUGGAAUGUCCACGGACAUGUGUCAGAUGCCAGCAUCAAGGUUGGGGAGAAUGUGUCAGACGUGGCUCCUUCUCGGCCACGGUGGAAUGUCCACGGACAUGUGUCAGAUGCCAGCAUCAAGGUUGGGGAGAAUGUGUCAGACGUGGCUCCUUCUCGGCCACGGUGGAAUGUCCACGGACAUGUGUCAGAGGCCAGUAUUAGGAUUGGGGAGAAUGUGUCAGAUGUGGAUCUUCAGCCACAUGGACAUGUUCAGCCUCCCUUGAUUCUGGAGGAGCCCUUCCCAGAAGCUGAGCCUGACCUCAAGUCCCAUCAGUGUCCCCCUGAUCAUGUGUCUCAGACAGUCCUUUGUGUGGAAGCACAGAGCCCUGCUCAAGAAUGUGAGCCUCAACUACCUGAAGAAAUGAAGCCUACCAUCUGUUUGAGCCUUGGCAGUACAGAGGAAGGUAGCCUCCAGACCAAGACCCUUGUGACUGAGCCUAGCAUGCUGGGAAAUGGCAUCCCUGAAGAGAAAGGCCCAAGGAGGAAUAGGGAUGCUGAAGACCUUUCUCCAUGUUUACCUUCAAGCCCACAGGAAGACACACUCCCCAGUAGCCCAGGUCCUAGUGAGGAGGUACCAAGCACAGAAGCGGAGGAGGCCAGACGCUGGGGCAAGGAGCAAGCCUAUUUGGCAGAUCUCACGAAACUGUACCGCCUGGAGCAGUACCCGGACAGCUACGAGUCCAUGUCGGAACCUCCCAUGGCUCACUUGGUACACCACAUGCUUCCCCGGGCCUUCGCCUUCCCUGUUGACCCCCAAGUGCAGUCAGCAGUGGAUGAGAGUGCAGUGCAGCUGAGUGAGCUGCUGACGUUGCCUGUGCUUAUGAAGCGCUCCCUCAUGGCUCCUUUGGCUGCCCAUGUCAGCUUGGUCAACAAAGCUGCCGUCGACUACUUCUUUGUGGAGCUGCACCUGGAGACACACUUUGAGGCACUGCGGCAUUUCCUGCUGAUGGAGGAUGGAGAGUUCGCUCAGUCCCUCAGUGACCUGCUUUUUGAGAAGCUAGGGGCUGGGCAGACGCCUGGAGAGCUGCUCAACCCACUGGUCCUUAACAGCAUCCUGAGCAAGGCACUGCAGUAUAGCCUCCACGGGGACACCCCACAUGCUACCAACCUGUCUUUUGCCCUCAAGUACCUGCCUGAGGUGUUUGCCCCUAAUGCCCCAGAUGUGCUGAGCUGCCUGGAGCUCAGGUACAAGGUCGACUGGCCCCUCAACAUUGUUAUCACCGAGAGCUGCCUGAACAAGUACAGUGGGAUCUUCUCCUUCCUGUUGCAGUUGAAGCUCAUGAUGUGGACACUCAAAGACAUCUGCUUCCACCUCAAGCGCACAGCCCUAGUGAGCCACACAGCUGGCUCAGUGCAGUUCCGACAGCUGCAGCUGUUUAAGCAUGAGAUGCAGCAUUUUGUGAAAGUCAUCCAGGGCUACAUUGCUAACCAGAUCCUGCACGUCAGCUGGUGUGAGUUCAGAGCCCGUCUAGCUGUGGUGGGCGACCUGGAGGAGAUUCAGCGGGCCCAUGCCGAGUACCUACACAGGGCUGUUUUCAGGGGCCUACUGACCGAGAAGGCAGCACCCGUCAUGAACAUCAUCCAUAGCAUCUUCAGCCUGGUGCUCAAGUUCCGAAGCCAGCUCAUCUCUCAGAACUGGGGCCCGGCUACCGGCCCCCGUGGUGCCGAGCACCCCAACUUCCCACUCAUGCAGCAGUCCUACAGCACCUUCAAGUACUACUCCCACUUCCUCUUCAAAGUAGUGACCAAGCUGGUGAACAGAGGCUAUCAGCCCCACCUGGAAGACUUUUUGCUUCGGAUCAACUUCAACAACUACUACCAGGACUCCUGAGGACAGACAGGACCAUGGCAGUGGACAGAGAUAGACCUGAGGAAGCUGCUUUAUUUAGAGCCCUGGGAGAUUCAACAGGUGUGAGGCCCAGCCCCUGCCCUUUGGGCAAGAUGCACAAGCAGGUCACAAGGCUUACUUAGGCCUGUUUGCAUUACUUAAACAUGGGACUGAUAUCCUAGCAUGAAGCACUGUGUGCUGGGGGCAUCUUGAAUGCUAGACCAGGGCAGUACUGCUAAGGUAGUAUCAGACAGAGAUGGGUCAGGUUUUGACUGGAGACCUCUGCCGUCAUGGAGAGACCGUGAGGACAGGCAUCCCAGUGGUCUCAGCAGCUCAGCAGCACUGGGGAGGCCUCGGGAGACUCCAGACAUGUGGAGCCACCGAGGCCUUUAUGAGGAUCAUGUUACGCAGAGUUCUGCUGCCCAGAGUGGAGGCCUGCUACUGUAGGAAGACUGCUCGUCAGUGGUCCUCGCCACUGCCUCAGGGCCUGUGGCCUCCUCUUCACUGUGGUAAGGAGACUCUAGCAGCUUCAGGACACGUCGCACCUAGAGGAUAGGUGAGAAAACUCGGUGAGGAGCGUAUUUAAUGGCAUGUCCAUGACAGGAAGGGUAAUAGGCACAGGUGUGCGCUUGCCUCUGAAAAGUCUCCAUUUUCUGCAGCUUCAAUGGCUUUCUGUGCAAUAUAGUUCCUUAGGACGUACUUGGGGUUGUUGGCAUGCAUGAUGCGUACACGUUCUGCCUGCCAGGCAGCAAUGUCUCCGACACCCUCCUUCUCCUUGUCCAGACGCUCUCUGGAAUCAAAUUUUUCCAAAGAACAGCAUGUGCCAUGCCCCCAAUUCGGGGCCAUCUGCAGCCACCUUGUAAGAUGGCCAUUGUAUCAAGAAGCCAGUACAGAUGACCCUGAGGGCUGCCUACCUGUAUUCCUGUAGCCAGGUUUCCCAGUGGUCUCUGUUCUUGCUCUGCAGUUCAGAGGGGCUCAGCUGUUCCAGCCGUGACUGAUGCUCCACACGUUCCAGCUCCUUUGUGACAUUUGCUUGAGUGCCAAUGAGUGCAAAGAGCUGUGGGUUCGACUGUGCCAGCAUCAGCAUCAUAGAGAGCUGCCUGCAGGGAGGGGUGGCCGGGGAAGUGCCUCAGCUAGGGGCAGCACAUGACUCAG